AGGCGGAGCGGCAGGGCCGGGGGCAGGGGGGGCAGCCCGGGGUGAGGGGCAGCCCCGGGGUCGGAGGGCUGUGAGGAGAGAGGGGAUGCCCUCAGGGUGGGGGCUGUGAGGAGAAAAGGGGGGCUGUGAGGAGAGGGGCGGCCUCAGUGCUGGGGGCUGUGAGGAGGGGAGCCGCCCAGGCGUGGUGGGGCUGAGGCGAGGGGUGGCGGGUUUGUGUAAGAGCCGGGAGUCCCGGCGUGUGGCCCUUUGAAGGCGGGCUGCGCUGUGGGGCUGAGGGAGGCGGUGCCCGGGGGAUGCGCUGAGAGCGGUGCGGGCCUCGGGGGGCUCCUCGAGAAGCCCCGACGGGAGGGUUGGGCGCCGUCGGGAGAGAGGAUGAAGGAAACCUGCCGGAUCUGCGCCCGCGAGCUGUGCGGCAACCAGCGGCGAUGGAUCUUCCACACGGCGGCCAAGCUCAACCUCCAGGUGCUGCUCUCCCACGUCCUGGGCAGGGAGCUGUGCCGCGAUGGCAGAGGCGAGUUCGCGUGCAGCAAGUGUGCCUUCAUGCUGGACCGCAUCUACAGGUUCGACACGGUCAUCGCGCGCAUCGAGGCUCUCUCCAUCGAGCGCCUGCAGAAGUUGCUGCUGGAGAAGGACCGCCUCAAGUUCUGCAUCGCAAGCAUGUACCGCAGGAACAACGAAGAGCCCGGCGUGGAUGAGAGAGCCGGAGAUGGGACUGUGGACCUUUCUAACCUGCCUGACGCGCGAUACGCUGCCCUCCUUCAGGAGGACUUUGCUUAUUCUGGGUACGAAUACUGGACGGACCAAGACGAGCACGGCCUGGAGCCUCACAGCUGCCAUGCUUCAGAGGGAGCUGCCAGCCGCCCGCGGCGGUGCCGGGGCUGCGCCGCGCUGCGUGUGGCCGAUGCUGACUAUGAAGCGAUUUGCAAAGUGCCACGAAAGGUGGCCAGGAGCAUCUCCUGCGGGCUGUCCAGCCGAUGGUCAGUGAGCAUGGGCAACGAGGAGUCAUCCGUAUGUGACCCGGCGGAGUCUGCUGGCACCAGAGGGCCUGUGGAUGGGGAGAGCAUGGAAGAGGGCACGCCUGCGUCCUCUGUUGAGUCCCUGGACACAACAGUGGAGGCCAGCGCUCCUCAGCAGAAGGAUGAAGAUGUGGAUAAGGGAGUGAAGGGGAACGGGAAAUGCGACGAUUUUGCAGAGGACCGCAUGACCCCUAGCUCAUCACUGAGUGGGAACAGGCUGGAGCUGGCCCUCAGCUUGAUCAAGGGGUUAGACUACAAACCCAUCCAGAGCCCACGAGGCAGCAGGCUGCCUAUUCCUGUGAAGUCCAACUUGCCUCCCCCCAAGCUUAGCCGUGACUUGGCAGAUGGAAGUGCUUCUGCUGGCUUAGCAUAUGCUGGUUCUGGUUUCCUGAAUGCAGACAGAAAAUCCUUUUCCAGAGCUCCCCUGGGUCUUCCCUUGGAGAUUCCUGAACUACAAGAGCUGUGGGACGACCUCUGUGAGGAUUAUAUGCCACUGCGGGUACAGAAUCUGCAAGAUGAACAUCAAAAGCCAGCUCCAAGUGAUUCUGCAUCGAGGGAGUGCACAGCCGAUCUGUGUGCUACAGAACCACAGAGCAAAAUCCAGCAAUUUGAAGCUACCAACCAGUUAUUACAGGAAAAGCUGGAUGAAUUGAAUUAUGAAUUAAAAUCCGCACGAGAAACAUCGCAGAGACAAGAUCAUACAAUUCAGAGUCUGAAUGAGGCCCUGAAGAGCAAGGAGAGUGAGACAGAAGAACUGUAUCAUGUCAUUGAAGGGCAAAAUGAGACAAUGGCCAAGCUGCAGGACAUGUUACACAGAAGCCAGCUGGGGCAGUUGCAGAUGUCAGAGAGCACACCUUCAUCUCGGGAGCAGCAAGUGGCACUGCUUGAUCUUCAGAACACACUUUUCUGCACACAGCUGGAGGUACAAAAAUUGAAAAGAGCUCAGCGCCAAAAAGAGCAUCAGCUGGUUGAAGCCAAGAGGGCUGCUCAGCUCCUAGAGACCACGGUACAUGAGGAAGAGCAGCAGAAAGAGGCAACCUGGAAACACAACCAGGAGCUGCGUGCUGUGGUACAGCAGCUGCAAGCAGAGCUGCAGGACAAGGCUCAGCAGAUCCAGGCUGUGGAAUGGGAAAAGUGCCGUGAGCUGCAGGCCCAAGAACAGAGAGUUCAGUGUUUGAGUCAGCACCUGGCUCGCAAAGAGCAGCUUCUGCAGGAAUCAAGGGAACUUCUGCAAUGCCAGCAAAGCUUGGGCAGGAGCUCUGCAGCCAUGGAUGCCAUGCUGGAGAAACUGCAGCAGAGAGUCAGUGACAGGGAUGCUGCACUGGAGAGAGCAGUAGAUGAGAAGUUCUGUGCCCUAGAGGAGAAAGAACAAGAGCUUCAACAGCUCCGUCUCUCAAUAAAAGAGCGUGGAGGUGACCUGGAGAGGCUGCGCAACGUCCUGUCCAGCAAUGAGGCCACCAUUCAUAGCCUGGAGAGCCUCUUGAAAGCUAAAACAUUGGAACUAGAGCAAAUGUCAGCAACCUGUGAAAAUCUCCGCUGGCUCAAGGAGGAGAUCGAGGCCAAAUCCUGCAGCAGGCAGAAGGAGCAGGAGGGGAUCAUCCAGCAGCUGCAGACUUGCCUGCAUGACAGAAACAAGGAAGUGGAGGAGCUCACGGCAACUCUGCUGUGCAAGCUGGGCCCAGGACAGAGUGAGGUAGCAGAGGAGCUGUGCUUACGUCUUCAGCGUAAGGAAAAAAUGCUGCAGGAGCUUCUCAGUGACAGGAACCGUCAAGCUAUGGAGCAUGAUGCUGAAAUCCGGGAGCUGCUGCAGGCCAUGAGCACCAAGGAGCAGUGGAGCAAAGCCACUACUGAGAAGAUGGUGCAUGCUUUGACUGAAAGAAAUUGCGAGUUACAACUCUUGCGUCAGCAUGUGUUGAGGAAGGAGUCUGUUGGGAUCCAGGCACCUGGUACCAGUCUGCUGAAGCAGGACAAACAACAGCCUGUGCAAGAAAUAAUGCAAAGAGCUUGUGGAGUUUCAGCCCUUGCUGGACCCCCACAGGAGGACAACACCGGCCUGACAGAAGGACCAUCAGCGACAGAAAUGGAGAAGGAUCUUGCUAAUGCCAAAGAGGAGCUGGAGCUAAUGGCAAAGAAGGAAAGGGAAAGCAGACGGGAACUUGCUGCUCUCCAGUCUGUUGUGACCACACAGGAGGAAGAGCUGCAGGUGCAGGCUUCUGAUAUAGAGUCUCUGACCAGAACCAUCCAGAUCAAAGAGGACCUCAUCAAGGAUCUGCAGAUGCAGCUGGUAGAUCCUGAAGAAAUUCCGGCAGUGGAAAGACUGACACAAGAAGUGCUGGUACUUCGUGAGAAAGUGGCCGUAGCAGAGUCGAGAGGACAAGAGGCUACUGGAAACAGAAGGCAGCAGUUGUUACUGAUGCUGGAAGGACUGGUGGCUGAGAGGAAUCGGCUAAAUGAGGCUCUCCAGGCAGAGAGGCAGCUCUACAGUAGCCUGGUAAAGUUUCACACACACCCAGACAGCGCUGCAAGAGACUGCACUCUGCAGGUGGAGCUGGAAGGGGUCCAAGAGCUCCGGGGACAACUGGAAGAAGCUCUUGGAAGAAGCUUGGAGCGUUUGAGCAGGCUGGAGACACAGGGCCCCAUAGGAGGUCAGGCUGCAGGGACAGAGGUUGACGAUGCUGACUUUACCAGCACUAAGGAAGAGGUGGCUCAUGGCACCGUGACCCAGCAGACUGGCUCCCGGGCUCCUAAGGAAAGCAGAGGCACUGAGAAGAAGAGCACAGCCCCUGCCCUGGCAGAGCAGGAGCUACGGGCAGAAGAGGAGCUGCGGGAGCUGAAGGCGCAGCUGGAGGAAGCAGGCUUCUCCUCCGUGUCUCACAUCAGGCAAGAGCCUGGGAUGUGGGAGCUGGUGGGUGGGCAAGGGGCACCCCACGUCCUGGCUGCUGCCUGCCCUUCACAGCACCACAUGCCCCCCAGGAAGGCGAUGCUGAGCCUGUGCCUGGAGAACGCGGAGCUGAAGGAGAGGAUGGGUGAAGCCACAUCGCUGCUGGAGAGUGGGGAAGAGGAGGCUGGGCUGGGCAACCCUCCAUCACCAGAGCCCUGCAGGAUGCAGCGGAAGGGCCGCAGUGUCCUUGGGGAUGGCCAGGGGCUGCUGGCAGAGAGGGGAGCUGUGCCCACCAAGCGCCCUGCACUAGAGGCACGUUGCCAGGAUGAUGCACCCAAGAGACUGUGCCCCAGCAGCCCAGGUGGAGGGGAUGGAAGCCAUGUGGAGGGCAUGGUGCCCUGUGGAAGCUGGCCAGGGCUGGGUGUGGAGUUGCACUCGCAGGUGGCACAGAAACAGUGCCAGGAGCUGCAGGACAAGCUGGCUGCCUCUGAGGCCAUGGUCCGGGUGCAGGCUGAGCAGCUGGAGAAGUACCACGUCCUGCUCCGUGAGCCCCAUGCCCAGCAGCUCAGCAAGCACGUGCAAGUGGACUUCCAGGACUUGGGCUAUGAGACAUGUGGGCGGAGUGAGACUGAAGCUGACCGUGAUGAGACCACCAGCCCUGAGUGUGAGGAGCCAGAUGUGUUCAGCGAGCCCAGCCUUGGUGAGGAGCUGGGCUUCCCACGCCGCUCAGGGGUGCCCAGGGUGGGCAAGGCUGCUCUGAAGGCUGUGGCCCAGCCAGAUGUGGGAGCCCUGCGCCAGCACAUCCAGGACCUUAAGGCACAGCUGCUCAAUGCCAACAAGGUGAUCCAGAGCCUGCAGCGCCGUGCCCGCUCCAUCUCUGUCACCAGUGGCUACACCUCGGGCACCGAGCGGCCCCCACUGUGCCCCACUGUGCCGGUAUCGCCGCCCCACAGCCUCACUGAUGAGGACGAGGGCUGGCAGUCAGACAGCUAUGGCACCCUGUGCCCACAGCGCGACCUGGAGCACCUGGUGCACCGUGUCGCACUCCUCGAGGCACAGCUGCCUCCUGCCAAGCCCGGGGGGGGCUUCCCCAAGGAACUGCAGUCUGCUACUUGGCCAGGGAAAUACAACUCGCUGAUCCAAGCCCAGGCCCGGGAGCUCUCCCAUCUGCGGCAAACGCUGCGUGAGGGCCGUGGAGUGAGCCGCAGCCUGGCCCAGCACCUGCAUGAUGCCCUGCGCUCCUUUGAGGAGCUCCUUCGCGGCACCGACAUUGACUACUACCUGGGCCAGGGCUUCCGGGAGCAGCUGGCCCAAGGCAGGCAGCUGGCUGAGAGGCUCAGUGAUAAGCUGGGCACCAGGGAUCGACAGGAUGGGGAGGAUAAAUCUAGCCAUGAGCUCCUGGCACUGAGGCUCAGCCGGGAGCUCCAGGAGAAGGAGAAGGUGAUUGAGAGACUGGAGGCGAAGUUGCAGGAGCGAUGUGAGUCCCCAGACAGCAGUCACCCACCCUCUGAGUCGUCCCGCUCUGCUACCAGCGCCUCCUUUGUGUCUGAUGUUCUGGAGCCCUGCUCUGAUGGGGAAGCAGCCAGUGAGUGCAGCCAGUGCCCUGAGGAACCUGCCCGACUCUCAGGCCUCCACUUUGACUCCUUGUCCAAAUCCAACAGUGCCCCCCUGCCAGCACUGACACCCACUCACUCCUUCCUGCCCACUGGGCUCCCUGUGUCCCUGGGCUGCUGCGGGACCCAUGCUUGCUCCCUGGCCAAGGCACAACAGGAGCUGCAAGUGCUCCAGAGGCAGCUGGGAGAAAAUGCGACGUUGCCAACAGCAAAGCCCACAGCCUUGCUGGGCCCCUUUGGAGAGGGCAGCAAGCCAGCAGCAUCAGUGUGCCAGCACGGGGCUCUGCAGAGCUUAUCCAAGCCCCCUGCCCUCUGGGACAUGCCAGCUGCUGGCCAGCUUUAUGGGGCACUGCCAUCAGGGUGCCCAAGCAGCCAGAAGCUAACAGGGGCAGAACUGCUAGAGGAGCACCUGGUGGAGAUCCGCAGUCUGCGCCAGCGCCUGGAGGAGUCCAUCUGUACCAACGACCGGCUCCGGGAGCAGCUCGAACGCCGCCUGGCCUCCACCAGCAAGGCUAGCGGUUUGCCCAGCGACAUUUAUGCUCAAGGGCCGGAGCUGGGGCUGCAGCUGAGUGGGGAGAACCGGGCACUGCGUGAGGACAACCGGACCCUGAGGCUGCAGUGUGACCAAUUCUCUAGAGAGCUGGCACGGGUGCAAGAGGCCCUCCUGGCUGCUUGCUCACGAGUGCGGGAGGCAGAGGCCGAGCUGGGCCAGCGGCGUGGGGAGCAUCGGAGGCUGGCAGAGGAGCUCACCAAGCACCAGGAGAGCAUCCGGCAGCUGCGGGAUGAGAGGCUCUCUCUGCAGGAGGACAAUAACAGGCUGCAGCACACAGUGACGCUCCUGCAGCAGCAGUGUGAGGAGCACCGCCUGCUCCUGCAGGCCCUGCGUACGGAGCUGCAUGUCUAUGAGAGCCUUCCCAGCCCUGCCACUGAGCCCCGUGCAGGCUGCUUCCCAUCUCCUCCUGUGCGGGAUGUUGGCACCAGCUCGGCAGCUCCCUUUUCUUCACCACACUCUGACACUUUGAUGCCCCAGCAUACAGUUGAGCCAUGUAGGGCCAACCCUCUGGUGAAGAAGAGCAAAGGACCAGUGGGGGCUCAUGUUGUUGGGUGCCUGGACACCUAUCGUUCCUUGGAGCAACACAUCCUGGAGGGGAAGGCGCUGGCCCAAGAGUUGACAUGCCUGACACGUCCAGCACUCGGGCUGUCCAGCGCAGGAAAGGAGGUCCCGGGGUGUGUAGGUGCAGGGCAUCUCUGGGGCAGUGCCAGCACCCUGCACCGUGUCCUGGAGGAGUGUGCCUCACUCCUCACUACCUUCUGGAGCACCGUGCUGCCCGUUGGCCCUGCUCAGCACCAGGGCAAGGAGCAGGCAUUACAGAGUGAGAUCACGGCACUGCGUGCCCAGCUCUCCAAGAAGGAGGAUGCUCUGCAGAGCACAGCCAAGCAGCUCCACAGCAUGGCCCAGCUCAAGGACAGCAUGGAGCAGUUCAUAGUCAGCCAGUUGACCAGGACUCACAAUGUGCUGCACAAGGCCAGGACAAACCUGGAGGUGAGUUUGCCCUGGACAGGGAUGUAUGCCCUUGUCCUGGUAAAGGUUUCUGGGUCUCAUCUGGGGCUGGGCUCAGAUGGCAGACAACAGAGGGUGGGGUGAGCCCAGGAUGCAUUGAUGUGGGUCCUGUGGACUGCCCUUGCUCUUUGCAUCCCUAUCCCUGGGGCACAACAGUCCCAGCCAAGCCCUCACUGCUGUGCAUGCUCUCUUACCAGGUGAAGGCCCAGCAAGCCCUGCCUGUUGCGUGAGUCUCGGGCUGAACAAUGGGAGCAAUGUCCCUGGCCACAUAAUGGCCCACACUGGAAGGCUGGAGUGGACAGGGCUCAGGGGUGCCUAGCGCUGUCCCAGGCAUUGCAGUUAGUGGGUUUGGGGACCUGUGACAGUUGUGCGCCCUUCACCCGCCUUUGCUUGGUAUUGCAGCAGCUGGCUUGGGCUUUGCCUGCCCCAUGCUUCACUGCUUGCCCCCUUCCUCCCACUGUGCUCAGAGCAGGGUGUCACGGCCCUCUAGGCCAAGCACCUCUUGCCCUGGGACUUGGUCUCAUGUGUAACCUUACUGCAUACCCACCCCCGCUCAUGGAUGUAUGUAUAUAUAUAGAGAGAGGUAUAGAUAUUGGAGCUGUGUUUCUGGGCCCUCCCUGGGCAUGUCAAGGCCCCAGCAUGGGAGGAAGAUGUAAGAAAUGACACGUUCUGUUCAAUGGCCUGAGAGUCUCCAAUAAAGGUUUCCUUCGGGUCCUGGUGUUUGCAGCACGCCUAUCCCUGCAGCUGAGCCCCCUCCUGUAGCCUCCUAGGGACCU